GAAAACUUACUUUUUGAAAUGUGAAAGAGGACUUCUUGAGACCUCCUUCAAGUAAAAGCAGCGCAUUGUUCGAGUAGCACCCAUCAAGAUGACGCUUCGAUCUAUUCUAGUGUUGAAAUCCACCUGCAGUGAUGAUUCGAGCGACAGCGACACUACUGUAACGGGUCGUCGCGAGGAGCAGCAUUCCUCCGGCGUCAUUGGUUUGUGGCAAGGCUUUCAAAAUUCGGCUCCCAUUGUGUGUGACUUGGUGCUCCUACCAGAGCUGCCAUCCUCCACCCCGGAGAGCAACAACAGCAACAACAAGAAGCGUACAUCAUUUCGAGAGCGUCGCCAAACGGCCACUCCCACGCAAGAGACAGUGACCCAAGUCCAUCAAGUGACAUUCCAGCCUUGCGGCUUGGAAAAUGUGCUACUGUUCGAGGAUUUGCCGAACGAGUCCGAAAACUUCUUGUUGAGUUUGACAUCUUGUCACUUGCCAAAUUUGGUAGAGUCAUCAAACAAUUCACAACAACAACAAGACGCGCUGCUUCUGCCUAUCGAGGCCGCUCCCUCUACAUUUUCCUUUUCCUUUGCUCCACCAGGCGACAAUGAGCACUACGUUUUUGUGCCUCCUGCGAAAGAUGAUGAUGGCAAGACAAGCCACGCGAGUCCAGAGGAGGAAGACGCGUCUACUGCCACGGCCGAGUUGGCAGUCCAUUUUGAUGUUUCGGAAGCACGACGUUUGUUUGAAGAGCAGCACAAUCAUCCGCAAGACGUCACCAAUAAUAAUAACGAGCAGAGUCUUGUGUGGCCUUGGGAUCAAGGAACUGCCUCUCCUGUGAUUGAUUACCCGCAUCAAGGCAUGACGUGCGCUCAUGAGAUUGGCAACCACUGGCAAGAAGAGGAUUUGAUGCAAAACUCGUCGUCGGUCGCGGGACACACGAACGGCAAUGACACGUCCAUGUCACAUCCAUUCCCAACCAGAAAGCUCUAUUUGAAACAGCAACAUAAUGGAACAGCAUCCGUUCAAGCUACUCCGGAUGCUGACAACGGGCAAGAAAACACGCACAUUCCAACGAGUACCGAUGAGCGGCAUUGGACGGGCGAUGACGAGACGCAACAAUUCAUGCCGCCGUCGGUCCCGCAGGCAGAACAGCAUAGUUUUCCAACAUCCGUGCCUACCGGUAUCUAUGGCGCAAGCAGCGAUCAUCACUCUGCACGAUAUCACCAUGACUUGAUGCUACUCCAAGAAUUGCGAAGUAGGGGCCAACGGGAAGAGCGGUUGCUCAAUGCUGUCUUGUACGGUAUAUUGAGCGUGGGAUUGGUUCUCAUUGUGGCCUUUGUGUGGUUGUUUCGACGUGUCUGGAAAAAGGUGCAUGCCAAUGACUAUGAUGUGCUGGAUCUGCAGCAGCGUUCUCCGCAGCUACGAUCCGAACUACUCCAGUGUGACGAUGAGACCCAUGCUGCCAAACUCCGAGCUUUGGCCAGUUUGAGUCCGAUCGUGAGAGACCUGGACAAAAGCUAUCAACAACAAGUCUCCGAUCCUCGCAGUAGUGACCGCAGGAUGAUGGCGCCGGGUCAAACAUCCACUGCAGCUGCGAGGGUAGUGAAGAAGAGCCCAAGCGCCACUCGUUCCCGAACCACUGCUUGGGUGAAGAGCCCCAGGGAAUCUCCCCGAGCGUCGUCAUUGCGAGGGAGCAAUGCUGCCAUACAUGCUGCUCUUCGUACAGGAAGCAACAACAAUGCUCAAGCCAUGCGCACCACCGCACACCACCAGGGGCGUGCUGUAGAAGCGAGUUUCGAGGAUGGCCCGACCGGUAUACAAUCAAGCACAGGACGCUCAUCCGUAACGCUGCUGCCUGGAACUCAAGAGACGUCCACGCCGUCGAAGGCUGCUCAUUCCUCCUCUCCCAAAGACACGAAGGUUGCAAACAGUCAUGUAACAGAAGUGAAUUUGUGGACCGUAUGUGAUGUGGGGCUGACCCCCAUCGAUCACAAGGAACCCAAGGCAACGGCAGCUAAGCCCACCGAGGUGCAGCCCAAUCUUACCCACGCGGUCAAUGCUCAUGGAGUCCCAUCAUUGGCCAGUCUCGCGGCUGCUGGUGGAAGCACUGUCGGGAGGGCUUCUCCUCAACCUCAAACAACCUGGUCUACAAACUUGGAUAAUAAGGAAGCAAAGAGUGACGUCUCCAUGUCACCGCCAAAAGUGGGACCAUCGUCACCGUCUUGGGUAUCAUCACCAUUGUCUUCAUCUCCAAAGACAGAAGCGCUUUCACCAACCUCCCGAUAUGCAAAGCAAUGGGAAGCUGCCAAGAGCUUGCGUCGCAAGAAGAAGAAGGGGAGCACAUUGCAUCGACUGGAUCCUGCUGUCUCUGCUUUGGUGGUACCAAUGGCAGAUGGCGGUGAUUCUUCUGUGCAGCAUCAUGACGAGGUCUCUGUUGCUGUGGCACCACUGGAAGAUGUAUCUAAAGUGAUUCAGCCAGUAAAAGAGACUGCUACAGUUGAAAGUGUGUCCAUGAUGCCCAGUGCUGAAACAGCCAAACCCAAACCUGAAAUUGCGGAGAAGAAAAAGAAGAAAAAGAGCAGCCAACUCUUCAUUUCUCCCUUCAUUUCUCCCAUUGAUAGCAGCACGGACAGCGCCGAAGACUCCAAUGGAAACUCCCCAGGAAGUUCGGAGGAGUCCUUGCUUCAAUCCUACUGGUAGAAUUGUACCUUGCUUUUGUCUCCUCAUGCAACUAUAUACAUGUUGUGUAACACUCAGCCAAGGUACCGGUAGAUAUCUUCCGUAACCUGCUAAAACAGCAUUGGGUUGUUGGAAGCUGCAUAGAUUUAACAUUCAAGUUUAGAUUUAGAGCUGUCUCAAUCACUGCUUAUGCCAUUGAAUGCC